AUGGCUCAAUCUAAGAAAAUGAAAGAAGCUGGUUUGGCUAAUUCGGGAUCCACUGUGUCUCCUACUGCUAUUCCUGAAGUAUCGGAAAUGGAUGAAGGUAAACUGCUAUCGCAGAUUCAAUCGAUUUUAAUAAGUAAAGCUCCUGAGGUCAUGCCGCUGUCAGAGCAAUUGCUUACUUUGUUCAGGCCCCCCACUAGAGAAUCCAUCGAAGACGAAAAAAGGUCUCGCUCAAUCGUGAUCUUGGGUGUACCAGAGCUCGAGGAGCGCCAGUUGCAUCCGAGCGUCAGUUGCAUACCGAAAAUGCGGUAA